GAGGAAGAGGAGGAGGAGGAGGAAGAGAAAAAUAAAGAAUAAAAAGCAAACCUCUUCCUGACGGGGAAGCAGCUCCUCUGCUGGAGAUGUGUGCGGCGAGCGAGCCCUGCGGCGUGGCGUUCGGCCUGGCGGGGGAGGGCGACUUCCAGCAGGUGCUGGACAUCUGCAGCGGGGGACGCCUUCGACGGCUCGACUACAUGGGCGCCGUCUUCCACCGCUGGCUGCAGGAGCCCGGACGCCUCGUCUUCAUCGGCCGGAUCCAGCAGAGAGUGGUGGCGCUGGAGUCCGCGUUGCUGGUGGACGGUGGUCAGACCGUCGUGGUUCAGGGCCUCAGGGUGGUUCCUGAUCUGAGGGGGCGGGGCAUUGCGGGCGCCCUCAGGAAGCAUGUGAUCGCCCAAGUCCGCCAACAUUACCCAGAAGUCUGUGCUAUCAGACUGACUCGAGGACAAGCACCGACUCCAGAGACUCUCACCAAGUACAGACUGAUCGCAAAGGAGGCCAUCUUGUCUCUGUGCUGCGAGGCGGCCCACCUCGGCCCCUUCAUCGCUGAGCUUCGCUCCAAACUGGCCCGGUAGAGAGCGAGUCCUCCUUGGGCGGCCCGCUGACCCUGAGCCGGGAGCAGGCCGAGACCCUGAUCCUGACCCGGCACGUGGUCUCCAACCUGCUGCCCGGCAAAACCAUCAUCAGCGACUGGGAGCCCCUGAAGCCACUGGAGGCCAACCUGGAGGUGCUGCGCCGCCGAGGGCUCACCUGGAUCGUGGACCGGGGAGUCUGAACCUGAGGCGCUCGGUCUCUGUACCGAACCGUACGCCGUCCCGUACGACGCGACGCCCUGCACUUCAACAUCAACAUCUUCGGCCGCAGCCCUGGCCUCGGUGUGCGCGGUGUUCCUGGCUCAGCUGGAAGCUCUUCUGCCGAGUCUCAGAGGUUACCUGGUCUUCUCACCUACGUGGACCCGGAGGUCUGGUCCGGGUACGCCAGUUCUGUCAGAACGACGCUAACGUGUCUUUGUUUAAGGACUACUGGGAGGAUUAUGUUCUGGAGACAGAUAUCUGACAUAGCAACACAUCAAGUCUUCAGAAGGGUCCAGAGAUUCUUUUUAAAGGUCUUGUGAGAUGUUUUUGUGGACUCCAGGGACUCUCCCGGACUCUGUGAGCUCCUGAUCAGGCUUGUUGUAAUCUGUGUCCGUCAGACAUAAAGUUAUAAAUCCUCUGAACAUG